AUGACCCAUACAACAAAAGAAAACGUCGAGAUCUUAGUUCAUACAUCAGCACCAAGUCGAGGCCAAGAUGAUGCACGAUACCGAGCAUUCGUAAGAGCCUAUUUAGAUUUUAAGCCUGCGACACAUACACAAUUACAAGACGAUCCUGAAGCCAAGACAGUGAUUGGAGAAGGAUUCAAGGAUAGAAUAUUCAAGGAUGGGACUCAAGAGGAACUGCAGCAUUCGACAGAGGAAUACGACGAAAAUGCAUCAUAUUGCCCACCUACCCAAGAUCCAGAGACGAAUCCGGGGGCGCAUCAGAAUGAAAUCACUGAUGAGGAAUUAUCCGACUUGAUGUAUUCACCUCAGCUCUCCUUUCGAAGUGUUCUCGAUAAUCGAAAUUCUCCUAUGUUUCGAACUCGGAGUAGAACUAUAGGGGGUUUGGGAAUACUGUCUGGAGAGGAAAUGUCGCGACAGAGUCAAUUUAUGGAUUCACCUGCUAGGAGACAAUCGUCUAGUAUAAUCGAAGAUUCAUUGUCAGCUAGCAGACAACCGUUCAGUGUAAUCGAAGACUCCAUGCCUGAUAAUAAUAGGAUCCUUCCUCAAUAUUCAUCUCCAACACGGAUUUUGGAGGCAUUGCUGCAGCAGGGGGAAAGCACACAGGAUUCUCCUGAAAAGGGUAGGAAAUCGCCGUUCACGGAUGAGAGUAGCUUGAACCUUGAGGUACCCCAAGCCAUACCAUUUUCUAGUUCCCAGAAUGAGGAGGCUCAUAACAACUCGGAUAUUGUGUCUUCGCUAUCACCCAGGCGUUCUCAGGCGGACUCUCCUCCUCGCCGACUUCACACGACUCGGUAUCGGCAUAUUACCUCAUCUCCAAUAUCGACUUCCAAUACAGAUGCCCCAAACGCGAUGAUUUCUGAUGGUUCCAAUAACAUACCGGCCUCUGGACGGGCCGCGAAUAUUUCCAAUCGACGUACAAGUCAAACUGUGGAAACUGGAGAUUUUAUGGAACCUUCGAAUAGAGAUAUGACCUCAGAUAAAGUUUUAAGAAGUGGACCGAUAUCUAGUUUACCAGAAAUACCGGAAACAUCUUGUUCGUUACCUCAAAAUGCGAACAGCAAGCGUCGACGAGUCGAUUUUCCAUCAUCGAUAGACGAGAGUCCCAGGAGCCCUAAGAGGGUAAAGUUGGUGAUAUCUGAUACUACAGCUGAGACAUUUUCGGCGUCUUUUCCGGCAACUCAAUUGCCUCCUACGUCUACAGCUCUUGAGGCUCCCGUUAUACCAAGCUCGAUGCCUCCAAUGUCAAGUUUACCCUCUCCUGAUUCUUUGGCGACAUGCACGAUUCCAUCGGUGAUGCCCCCAACUUCGUCUUGCGACUUUACACCAGCUAGUCUUAUUACACAUUCACUGGGGAGAAUCACUUCAAACCAAAGUUUACAGAAAAGAUUCAAGCCUACUUUACAGACCCGAUCCUGUCGCCCUUUUGAGCGGGGGUAUUGGCUUAUUAAUACACAAGAAUUGAAGGAGCAGGUCAGACAAAAUCUUUGGUCUUACCUUUUUAGACAUAUCUCAGGGGGUCAUACAGGAUGGGGUGUAUCGGCUGAACGUACCGAGGAUUGGAAGAGCGUCAGGGUUAAUUGUUGGGGUGGGGUGGUUAAAGAGAUAUACCUCUUACUAUUUUUGGCUAGUGAAGGAAAGAUGAAAGGCUCAAAUGCAUGUUGGAAAGAUGGCGAUGGAGAAACCGUGAUCUCUUGGACUUAG